GAAUAUCUCUUAAGCGGCUUAGCACUUCUGCUCUGGUUUAUUACCUGAGCGCCUUUGUGCCUGUUGGGCGGCUCAGAGCAUCCUGCCCGUGGGCAGGGACCCCAGGAGCCCCCCGCGUCCCUGCCCGCGUCCCUCCCCUGUGCGGGCAGUGGUUUGCUCCAUGCACCUGCGGCUCGACGCAGAGCCACCACUGAAUCGUGGCCCCGCUGUGCAAGGCCGGAGGCACCCGCCUGUGGGGGCCCGUCCUCGGGCAGGUGUUUGCUUUCCAAGGCCAGCAGCCGGCGCCUGCGGGGAGCGAGGGAUGCUGGAAGCGCAGUAGCUGAGCCAGAGAUGGAUGGAGUCGGCAGCAACAGGACCAUGUCUUACAGCAGAUGGAGUUACAACAGUGUUCUGGAUGAUGAGGGAAGCAGCCUGCGUCAGCAGAAGCUUGACAGGCAGCGAGCACUGCUAGAACAGAAGCAGAAAAAAAAGCGCCAGGAGCCAUUAAUGGUUCAGUCCAACGUGGACAGUCGCACAAGAACACGCAGAACGAAACAUUCAGAAGAACAAGCGCCAUUGGUUGAAUCAUAUCUUAACAGCAACAGCAGCACCAUAUAUCAUGUGCAGGAGGCCGAACAGGAAGAUGUAAAAGUGGUAGUGGAUGCCCAAGCUCCAAAAUCAACUAAAAAAGCCAAGGCAGCAGCUGCAAGCUGUCAGACUGGCAGCACCAGAAAGGAGAAAAAAGGGAAACACAAAGGAAUUGAUGGCCCAGCUGCUUUUCAAGAUGAUGUUCAGAAGACAGGAAGUCAAGUGCAGAUUCUCACUAUUGGACAGUCUAGCCAUGAUGAUGAUGAUGGAGAGAAGAUGGCUAGUGGCCAACAACAGCAAAGCAAACAGGAUCUUAGAACAGCAAUGCAGAAAAAGGGCAUUUCAAGCAGCAUGAAUUUUGAUGAGGAAGAGGAUGAGGAAGAUGAAGACAGCUCCAGCUCUUCACAGCUAAACAGUAACACCCGGCCUGGUUCUGCCACAAGCAAGAAAUCCAAUAAGGAAGCGGCCUCAGCCCCUAGUCCUUCCACAAAUGAGCCUCUCAUAGAUGUCGAUGACCUGGAGGAAUUUGCUGUAAGACCUGCUCCACAGGGUGUCACCGUCAAAUGCAGAAUCACAAGAGACAAGAAAGGAAUGGAUCGAGGGAUGUACCCUACAUAUUACCUCCAUUUGGAAAGGGAGCAUGGUAAAAAGGUUUUUCUGUUAGCUGGAAGGAAGCGAAAGAAGAGUAAAACCUCUAAUUACCUCAUCUCCAUAGACCCAACUGACCUGUCUCGGGGUGGAGAGAGUUUUAUUGGAAAACUGAGAUCAAAUCUUAUGGGAACUAAGUUUACAGUUUAUGACAAUGGAGUAAAUCCAAUGAAAACAACAUCAAGCCUGGAGGCGAGUAUCCUGCGUCAGGAGCUAGCUGCUAUUUGUUAUGAAACAAAUGUCUUGGGGUUUAAAGGACCUCGUAAAAUGAGUGUGAUCAUACCAGGAAUGAAUAUGGACCAUGAACGAGUUUCCAUCAGACCACGAAAUGAACAUGAGACACUGCUUGCAAGAUGGCAGAACAAAAAUACAGAGAGUGUCAUUGAGCUGCAUAACAAAACUCCAGUCUGGAAUGAUGACACUCAGUCCUAUGUUUUAAAUUUCCAUGGUCGAGUCACACAGGCCUCAGUGAAGAACUUCCAGAUUAUUCAUGAUAAUGAUCCUGACUAUAUAGUGAUGCAGUUUGGCCGUGUGGCUGAGGAUGUGUUCACCAUGGACUACAACUACCCAAUGUGCGCGCUACAAGCCUUUGCUAUUGCCCUUUCAAGUUUUGACAGCAAGCUGGCUUGUGAGUAAGGGGGUAUGGGAGAGCAUCCUCUCAGAGGAAGCCAUUUGCCAUAUGAUUCCUAAUUCCUGCUGGUGUCACCCAUGGUCCGUACUAAACAGGUCAGGGAAAAUGCAAUUGCGGAGGACCACUGGAUUGCUGGAGAGAAAGUAAAAGGAACCUUCUAAAAAUUCAGGACAUUCAGGAAAUGUUUUCCUUUUUUUCUGUCAUAUUUUUCUGGAAGUGGCAUCAAGUUUGUGUAAAUAGAGGUUCUAUCUCAUGUUCUUGAUUAUGUUAUGGAGAUGUGCCAUGAUGUACUGUACCGUGGCUCUAGUAGCACCAUUAUAACGGUGUGUCUUUUUUAAAUCCAGAAAGUGCGCUCUUGAAAAAUUUCUUUCUACGUUUAAGAUUUAUUCUGAGGCUGCAAUCAUACCUCAAGGUUGCAUUCCUACACUGAAUAAUCAGAACUUGAUAUCGUCCAACAUGAAAGAAAGAUCACAAAAAAAAGCACCUUUUUGAAUUUGCAAGGAUCUCGUGUAGUUUAAAGCCAAGUCUAAGGCUUGAAAACCUAUACUGGACUGAAUUUGAUGCAUUCCUAUUGUAUAUGUAGAAGGGCAUGAUGAAUUUUAAUCACAGUAGGAGGAAAUGAAGAAGUAGAAAGCACAAAAUAAUGUUGCACAAGUCACUUGAAUUCUAAGCUGUCAUUAUGUUUUAACAUCUAUAUGCUUUUUAAUUUUUUCAAAUGAAAAUGUAUUGGGAGUACAGAAAACGAAAAGGGAAACCUCUAGGUGCCAAGAAAGCGUAACUUAUGCUGAAUUUGGCAUGUUGCGUGUUGGGAAUUUAUGGCCUUGUAUUGCUGUGGUAAUUCAAACAUAUUUUGUAUGAAGUGAUAUAAACAGUUGGGUAAAGGCUUUCUGCAGAUAAUCUUAUUAUUUUAAGCAGGCUGUGUAAAGCUGAGGAAGGUAAAUGGAAAUAUUUUAUUAAAUUUGUCUGACCUUUUGCAAUUUCACAAUUUGUUGACUGCAUUUUUGAACUUUCAGCAACAAUCACUUUUCAUAUUUAUUUCCCAUUGUAAGAACAAUGAAAUCGACUGAAACUGUGUAUGUUGUUCUGUAAUGUAAAUGUGCCAGCUACUGAGCUAAAUCCUUCUAGGCAAAUCUAGUGUAUGCUGCAUACAAAUGAGACAUUGGCAGGUCACUGAAUAGCAUAAAAAUAGUAUGAAGUUUUUGUUUCAUUUUUUCUCAUUUGUAUGGAAUAUAUAAACAAGUACCAUUUCAAAACACAAGGAAAGAACAAGCUUCUCUUCUCUUCUUUUCUAAACAUCUCAAAAUCCAAGAGCUGCAACUGAAAGCACAGCAUAAAACAGAUUUAAAAAUAAUGAAUCUUUCUGACAUUGUUCCAUACAAUGUUGUUGCCAAAGGCACACAACAUGACAGAGUUUAGUAUGUAGUUCACCAGAAAGGGCAUUGAAAGGUGUGUAAAGUGAAAAAGUAGUUGUAUUUUAUACUGUGUAUAUUCAGAUUCUCCUUUUUAUCUUCAUAGACUCAUGUUGCACAACCAAAGUUUACAUAAUAAGAAAGUGAGAUCAAAUCUGCUUGUCUUGUAGCUGUCAGUCCCUUUUUUGACUACAGGGGACAGGCCACAAGGAGAGGUUUUGCCAUCUGGACUGUUUAGUUUCAACUAAUAACACAAAUAUACUCUCUUUUUCACAUUUGCCUUCAGGUCUCCUUCCCAGUGUACAGGCAAGGAAAUCUCAGAUAAGAGAUGGAAAUAAGUAAUUGCCAGCAUUUUUUCUAAUCCUUUUGAAAUCUAUGUAAAAAAUGUCUGCUGACUUUGAACGGUGUUUCGUUGAUAGACUCAGUCUGUCAAAUGUGAUCUUUAAAUAACAGGAGGUUCUGUAAUUUUUUUCUGAUCUUUUGCAAGAAGCAUUUCUGCACAAUGGUAUAAAAUGGAAAGAUGUCUUUUACUUGAAAGAAAUGAGCAGUCAGUUCCCUUAAAGAAUGAUCAAAAUGAUGAGUAAUGAGCUGCAGUCUGAUACUGAAUGCUUUGCUCAUGGGUGCUUUCUUUUCCCCUCUACUUGGUGGUUUUCCACCACCUCACGUUCCUAUCUGUGAUCACACUUUGGAUUUUAACAGAGCCCUUAAGCCUUUGGUACAUCCUGUCAGUCUUUAAAAACUAGCUCCAGUGAUAACCAGAAUUUUUGUUCGGACUACUGCAAAAACAGAUAGGAAUUCCUAGUUCUGAUAUUUACGUCUGAUCUGGGUUUCAAGAACUCUGCAGCACGGGAAUGGUUGAAUCUGUGUGGCUUUAAUUUUGUGGAUCACCGGUCAUAGGUCGUCUUUACAGCCUGAGAAAGUGGCACCUGACAUAGUUUUCUGUCUCUCUCUGCGCACAAAGCUGUGUUAAAGGAACUAAGUGUCUUCUGGUGCAAAUAUACAAUCCGUUGGCUUUAGUAGUCGUGUUGGUUUAGGAGGGGUUAUUUUUAACCUGGAUCAUAACAAUGGUCUGACUUGCAUUGUGGCCCCACAGGGAAUUGGUAUGAAAAGGAAGCUCAUGUGCAAUGAACUCCUGCACAAGGGUGAGAAUGAGGGGCUGGGAAAAGGCAGAGAGAUCAGCUUCUUGGGAGGGUGUUGCUGCCAGCACAUUGUGUAACUUCACCCUUGCUGCAUGUCCUUUCCAGGCCAGGUAUUUUUUUUUAACCUGUAAGCAUGCCAGGAGGAAAGUGGUGACUCAAAUUCCCAUAAUCUUAACAGAAUCAUACAGGGACAUCAGCCAACAUGCUGCUGAAAAAAAAAAAUUCCCUACCAUAAAUUGAGGUCGCUAGAGGGGGGACGUUAACCUGGGGCUAACAGCAUCGAGGAGCUCUCAUUAAAUCUGGUUCAGUUGCAAUAGGAUUUACACUGAGUGGCUUUUGCCAAGCCCCUAAUACCUCACUGUUGUUGAGCAAGGUACUGUGUUCUUUUGAUUCACUUGACCAUUGCCAUCUGCUCCAGAAGUUGCUUUUAAUUUAGACUAGCAUCUGUAUUUCUGAUGGACACUUUCUAGUGAAGGGCACUGCUACUUAACAAUGCAAGGUGAUACUACAAGUUUCCAGCACAUCUCCAAAUUUUGUUUUGCUAACUUGGUAAAGUCACAGCAGGCUCUGUCUGAGUAUACAAUCAUGCCCGAGAUUACACAGUCCUCACAGUUAGAUUUUCUUCCACACCAGCAACAAAAUCUUAGUACCGGUAUAUAUUUUCAGAGAGAUAUGCAUACUAAAGUAACCUAGAAGUAAUUAGUGACACACUCUUAUUAGUAGUGGCUUCUGGAGGGGCUGCACAUUAAUGUGCAACAGGGCAUAGCCUUGUUCACUCAGUGCGUCAAAAAAUAUAAUGGUACUGAGCUGUGUGUUUCCUUUACAUAGUCCUAGUGAGUGUUUGGAUACAGUAGAUUUAGUAUUAUUUAAAAUCCCACUACUGAUGAUUUUUUGCAUCUGCUGUUGAUUUUGGCAGAGCAUUGUAAACAACUUCCCUGCCUGAAUUGCUUAUAGGCAAAUACUGCAUGCUUUAAUGAGAGUUCUUAAUCUAACUUGUCACUCUGUUUACAUCAAACAGUUUCUUCCUGGCCCUUUAUCUAAUUUUCUUCAUCUCUGAUGUUCUGUUCCUUCUCAUUCUCUUCACAAUCCCUUUAUCUUUUCUUCAAGGACGUGCAACUCAAAAGUGUUUAUUUUGACGAUAUUACUCAGUGAUCUCUCCACAGAUGAGUAAUGCCUUCAGUGCAUAUCCAGUGAUGCUCCUAUAAUAGAAGCCUUAUCAGAGGGGUGAAUUUGGCCCUUUGGCUUUUCGGUGGAGUAAAUUAACACAUUAAAAGGAAGCAGAUAAAAAAGCUUGCCUAAAAUGUAAUCACAAUUUCUCUCAGUAACAAUUCAGUAACCAGAGGUUCCAAACCAUUGGUUGCAAAUCAAUGAGCAAAACUGUCCACAAGCCCAGAGGCAAACUGUUACACAAAUCCACUUUGUAGUGCUGCCUUAUUUUUCUUUUCAAAAGGCUGAAAGUGAUUUUGUGGACUAAAAUGUGUUGGUGCCCUAAAAGAGAUUUUAUUUUCCAAAAGCUAAACAUCACUCUGCUCCUUUUGUAGGAUAAAAUAUGGCACACAUAGGUGCAUUUGUCCCAUAAAAUAGUCAUGUCAUAAGCCAUUGUUACAAAUUCUGAUGCUAAGAAGUUUAUGAGAAUGGUUUUGUACUAAAUACUGGGCAACUAUUCAAGUUGCCUUACAAUAGUGCUGGAGUUUGCAGCUAGCUGUCUUCGUGAAGUACUAGAACUAAAGGACCUCUAGUGAAAAGAGCUCUUGUAGCUGCACGAUCAAAAAACAUUGUUGUGAACUCAAAUGAUAUCUGUCAUGAUGAACCAGUGCCAUCAAUUCAAACUUUCUGGCUUCUGUUCCCUUUUGAUGAACAAAAGAAAGAGGGACUUUCAACAAGCAUAGACGUCAGUGAGGUCUAUAAAAGCAAUGAGCACUAGAGAUCGGUUUUUACCUGUAAAUAUCUGACCCCUACCUGAGUGUUGCCCAUUAAAAAAGAAUGAGAUCAAUCCAGUCCAUAGUAAAUAAAUGCAUUCCCAGUUCUUGAAUCUUAGCUUUUUGCAAAUUUUAUUAUUCAUUUAGUAUUAAUCUUAUAUAUAAGGAUAAAACAAGGACUGAAUGUCACACAGCAAUCUGGAGUUCUUGCCCUGAAGAGAUGAAGACUCUAGAUCAGUAUCAGAAUAUUUUGUCUUUGAUUAUUUCAGUAAACUAGGACAGUGGGUUACUUGGUGGUUUAGGCAGAAAAUUUCUACUGAUGUUUGACGGGUGUCAGAGAAAAUUUUGGGUUUGAUCCUGUGGAACUCUAACUAGUUCCCCUGUGCUCUCGCUGCUCUCCUAAAACAAUAUUUGCAAGCUUUUUCCUGGUUUUAGAGAAGCAUGCACUCACCAAUAACAUAUCUUUGCUUGUCAAAUAAGGACAGCACGUGAUAGAACAGCAGUCACCUUUAUUAGAAUUAUGGGCUGAUGGCUUUCAGAUUUCUCAAAAGGCCUCAUUUUGAUUACUAGAAGAAAGUAAUUAUACAUAUAAAUCUUGAGCUAAUCUAACUGCAGAUUAUGUGCUACUUCAUGAACCUGUGUUUCUGUUGUUCUUUAUGUAUGGAAUAUACCUUCUAGGUUUCUGCUCUGUAAGUGUUCAAAAUUAAUUGUGUAGCUACUUGUCAGUUCUUUCUGUUGCUUGCCAAGGAACUAAGAAAAGGAUUUGCACAGCUAUCUCAGUGUUUUGGUAUUUUGCUGUGAAUGAUAGCUCAGUAGCUGAUACUCACAAAUGCCUGUGUACUGGAUAAAAAUGCAUUAAAACUUAUUUUAUAUGUUGUAUUU